ACCUCCCGCCCGUGAGCGAGGUGUGUUAUUAGGGGACAAAGCGCCACAGUCUGGAAGUACCUCGACUGUGGAGAGCGUGGCCAUGGAGGUUUGGUUUGAUAAUUGCGCGGGGAAGGGGGAGGGGGGUUUAUACUGGUUCAAGAACGGCUGGGUUGGACUUGCUCCUUCCAUGGGCAUCCAGGUCGAACAUGAAAGCGGCCUAAGUAUAGUCCACGGUUCAUAUCGUUUAACUGGGCAGUACUUUGGCCUUCGGACUGGGCACCUGGAACUUGAACCUCAAGCCACCCAACCCAUCAAACUAUACCUACCACCACAUCUCACCCACAGUUUGAGUGUAAAUACACGUUCCAGUUUCUCAGCAGCGAGCACUCACAUAGGGCGAGCACAGAUGGACGGAUUGGCACCGGCACCUCUUCAAGUUCUUUCCCCGCAGUUCAGUGCAACGUCUUCACCCUAUGUACUCGUUAUCAUGUUACCUUAUGUAGACAGAACAGGGCAUUUCCGUGCUUCGCCAGUCCCGCAGCGAACGGAAGAGGAGGACGUCGCACCUCGAAGCUCCUGGAGGAAGAUGAAUGGCUUGUCCCCCCCGUGCGAGCGUUGCCAUUGCAGCGGGAAUUGCGAACUAUACGCUACAUAUAGAACAUCGCAUCAAGGUGCAGUGGAAUAGCGAGUACAUAGCGAUGUAAACUCGGUAUUACUGUGGAUUCCACAAUGCAGGCUGUCAUGUAAGUAAUAGAUAGGUAGGGGUGUGGCAUGGCGACGUGGAAGCGGAGGUGUAGCUGAUUAGCCCAUCGACAUUGGUCUGCCAGGAGGUGAUGGCAUGUCGGAGUUAAGGUGCCUUGCAUAGUGCAGUAAGACGGCCGCCUCUGUAUGCAAUAAAUUAUCUCGAGCUUCCCCAUCCAGCGGUCCGUAAGCCAUGCGUAGCAAUUCAGCGGGUUGAAGCGGACGUGCUUGUGGUUCGGUUC